UCCUGCUGCAUUUUGCCCAAAAUAGUCCAUUGAUGACAACUGGUGCCACAUAGUAAUCUUUGCUUCGACCUCGUCCUCAACGUCAACUUCAACCUCAUUAUAACUCCCAUCAUCUGCAUCACAACAGUGGGUUAUGCCUUCUCAAGGGUUCGCUAUCCGACGGGGCUCAUCCUGCCUCCCUCAAGAGACCAUUUGCGGUGACACCGUCGCCCCGUUCCGUGGCUGCUGUCCCUCAGGCUUUGCAUGUCCGAAGCAAUACAACAUUGCUUGCUGCCCUCCUGGCAGCAAUUGUACCAGUGGAAUCGCGCUCGAGCCAUUGUGCGCUAAUGCUACAUGGGAUCUUUACGACAACAACGGCGUGUUUUGUUGCGAACCAGGCGCCGCUGGGUUCAAACGUGGGGAUUCUGAUGGAUGUGCAGAAUAUGGCCUCGACCUCGAGAACCAACAAGUGACCCUAUUGAAACUACUGCAGAAAGGAAAUCUGUCGAGUUCAGAUGCAUUUAACCCAGCCCCAUACUCGGCCCCAAAAGAAAAUAAGUCCUCCACUCCAGUCGGCGCAAUCGUAGGAGGCGUCAUCGGAGGCGUUGCACUUCUGGCCCUCCUAGCUGUCGCAUUCUACUUUUUGAAACGAAAGCGCCGCGAUCAAGGGUAUCCUAAAGCUCCCAUGUACGUGCCUGGAGCGCAUGGGCAAGUGGCGGCGUAUCAAUUGGGUGAAGGUAGCCCAGUGUAUGAAGCUGAUGCAAGGGAUCCAAAGAUGGGGCACCGGGAGCUCGCCGGAAGACAAGGUCCAAUCGAGCUGUUGACUAAUUGAUAUCACGCCCUCUUAGUUGCUCGGUCACUGAACAUGGUCACCGUGCUAAGUUGAGAUGAGUUACCUCUCGAACGACGAUCCUUAUGAUACGCAAGUUAUACCUUUACUUUUCCUUACUUAUUGACGUCCACCACGGGCGAGUGGCGCACACUGGCGAGCCGCGCACUUUUGCUAAGACCCCAACACAACACCAUCUUAUUAGUGGGUGCGGAGGCAGAAUGAGAGACUGAGUUGAUUGUAACAAGCUGACCAGAGGAUCCCUUAAGAGAGAAGAUUGUAAUCAGC